AUGUGUAUGUCAUCAUAUGUGUUAAUUCUCUCUCUCUGUCUUCUUUCUCAAGGUUUUCUACUCUCAGUUUCAAAAUCUCUGCAAAAUGUAGAAGAUGAAGAUAUGCUCUUAACCGCAUUAAAUCUAGGAAAAGCUCUUAGAAAUGGAGAUAGAACUGCAAACAUAGGAGCUAUACCUUUGCUGAAGCAUUUUAAGACUGAAGACAGCAGUGUUUUGGAUGAAGAGGAUGACAGAAAUAUGAAAGUUUUGGACACAGGUUCCAGACAUGAUUCCUUAAAUCAUAUUAUGGCAAUCAACUUAGGUAGGAAGCAACUACCUUAUCUUGCACUGAAGGCAGCCAUGGCUGUUCCAGCUGACACUGAAAUUCAAAACAUGGAAUCAAUACAGGAAAGGGAUACUGCAGGUGAAGAAAAUUCACCUAAAUUCCCUAUAGGAAUGCAAGAUUUUGACCUGCUCAGGUGUAUGCUGGGAAGAGUCUAUCGACCGUGUUGGCAAGUCUGAAAAUUACUGAUUCACACCAUCUUCUUUGAAGACUGAACAUUUUAAAGUUAAUGUAAUCUUAAAUUACUGUAAUCUUAAGUUACUGUGUUUUAGUGUAGCUAUACACAUGCAUCCAAAAAUUCUUUCCCAUCACAUC